UGAAAAGCGUACAUGACAUUACUUAUAACAUCAUUCACAUAAUUUUACAUGACAAGUGAUAUAUAAAAAUUGAUUACGUAUUAUUAUUAUUUUUUUUUUUUGUACACUCUGAUAAUAUCUUUUGAAAUGAACUAAUAGUAAUACACGACAUCCUCAACUAACCAUCAAUUUCCAUCCUUUAUUUUAGUGAAAAAGACAUUUUUUUUUUUUUUUUUUACCAACUUCAAUGUUUAAUGGUAAAAAUGAAAAAUUUUCAAAAAUUCAAGAGCAUAACUAAAAUCUACUUUAAAGUUGGGGGUAAAAUUUAAUAGACUCCAUGGAAUUUACUGGUACCUCCAUAAAUAGGUUAUGCAAUUCCAAAGGUACAAAUUUGAUUCCCAUUUCUCUCCCUUUCUUUUCUCUGUUAUUAUGUACACCUUUGAGAAGUUGCAAAAGGUGUUGGUUUAGUCAUAAUAACAUACCAAUUACAAGGCAACUUUAUAGGGUUUGAAACUCUCUACCUGCCAUUGGAUUCUUUAGCUUGUUUGCCCAAAAAAGAAAAUGAAUGUGUUGAAUGAAUCUAUGGCAUAAUUAAACAGCUAUAUCCCACAACUUCAUCCAUUUUCACAUAUUUGAUGGAAGAAAGAAAAGGAGAUGCAAGAAUUUUCAUAAUCUCAGGUUUGAUCUUCCUUUGCAUUAUUUCGGGCGGUAUCCUCCUCUGUCUCUAUCUUUUCCUCCCCGAAUCACAAACUCCGGAUUGGUAUCCGAUCGUUGGGAUCGUAUUGGUUUCAACUCCCUGGAUCUUUUGGCUUUCAAUUUAUUUCUAUCAUUGCUUGAAACCUACCAAAGUGCAACUGAAUGCCUUUGGCCCUAAUAAUAACAAUUCACAUAGCAAAAAGACAGAGGCUGCUAAUUAUAAUGAUGGUGGUGCAACAAUUGAAGGUAAUCUAGGUGAAGUUGAAUCCCCUGGUGAAGGGAAACGCCGAGUGCAUUUUGGUGCAGUGGUUGUCAUGGAAAAACAGCCACAAUUAGAUAGGAAUUAUAGCCAUGAAAGCCAAUCAAAACAACCUACUACUAUGUCUCCAAGAGAAACUGAAGUGCCGUUGAGGUCAUCAACCUCGUCGUCCUAGUAUCAAAUCUUGAUCACGAGAAAUGACUAUUCAAGGGUCGUUUGGUAAUGUUUUGUGUGUCUGUUGUUUGUUUUUAAGUUUUAAGAAAUAGACGAUUUUCUUAUUUCUCGUUUAUCUCAUAAUUGUUUUUGAAAUCAUCAUGCAGUAAGUUUCUCUUUGGUAAGAAGAGAAAAUGUAUAAACAAGAAACAAACGUUAUCAAAUGAGCACUUAUUUAUCAUGAUUCAUAAAAGAUGCCGAGGUACCUUGUCGGGGAAUAGUGCAAAUAAUUGAAGGAGGAAGAAGCAUCCAUGGUAUUCUAAAAUCAAGAAACAGAGGAGGAUAUAGGUAACUAAGAUUUGAUUGAGAUUUUUUUUUUUUUUUUUUUUGUUUUUUUGAUGUAUAACAACAUGAGGAGGCGAUUCAUACCUCUGACUUGUUGGUACAGGUACAAUGUCUUAACUAGUUGAGUUAUGAUUAGAUUGACAUUCAUUCAUAUGAUUUGAUGUAAAUUGUUCUUUUUCUUUUUUUUAUUUAAUUUUAUUUAUGGAGAUGAAUAGAUAGAUUUUUUCUUAUGGUUAAGAACCAUCAUAUUUGUAAUCAAUGUAAAGAAGGCUAUGUAUAGCUGUUGAUUGAAGAAAAGUAUAAAGUAUAAGUGGUAUUGCAAUUACAAGUAAAAAUUAUGUUCAAACCAAUGCAACCAAAGAGUUCUUUUAGGUUAUGCGUGAGUGUAACUCAUUUUGUUUUUUAAGUAUAAUAAGGGUAAAUGAUUUGAAUGACAGACCUCUUGAUUACCAACAUAUAGUGUAUGUCGGUUGAGCUAUACUCGCUUUGACAGUAUAACUCAUUUUGUUAAGUUAUUGUAUAUUUAUUAUAAUAAUUAGAUGUUCAAACCUCUGCCAUAGUUCCUCUACAAAUUAUAGAUUUUUUCUUUAUUUCUUUGUAAUGGUUAGAUUAUAAACAAAAGAAUAGAGUCUUACCUACCAAUUUCUAAGAAAAAAAUAGGCCAAAUAUCAAUUUAUAUCCCUGAAUUUUGGGAUUAUAUCAAUUUAAACCCUAAACUAAUAAUAUCAAUUACGCCUUGAACUUUGGGGAUUGUAUUAGUUUAAACUUCAAACUAAUAAUUGUAUCAAUCUAAAUCCUGAACUUUCACAAAUAUAUCAAUUUAAACUCCGAA